AUGACCAUGAAUAUCGAACCGACAUUCAGAGGCUACAUAUCAGAUGAAAAAGAUGCAAUGAAAAUUAUUCAAGCUACAUUGGAUGGUAAAUUGAAAUAUAUCCCUCGAAGACCUUACGAAAUUGAAAGACCACAAUUGAUUACAUCUGGUAAUAUUUUCGUUUUCAUCGAGGAAAUUUCAGGUAUCAAAAGAUGGACUGAUGGAGUUCCUUGGUCUCCUUCAAGAAUUGCUGGUAAAUUCUUGAUAUAUAGAGAACUGAAUAAAGACAAGGACAAAGAAAAAGACAAAGAUAAAGUUAAUGAAAGCGAUAAAGACAAGGAAAAAGGCAACGAGAAAGAUAACGACACUGACAAAGAGAAAGGUAAGGAAAUCUAUAGGGAAAGAAAAUUAUCCAAAAGUUCUUCAAAGGAUUCUACUGAACAAUUGAAAGAUGAAUUCAAAACAACGGGACUGCUUAAAAAGACAAUAUCUGUAAAAUUGAAAAGAUUACUCUUUGAUUCAGUAGAAAAUGUUCAUUUGAUAUCUUAUUAUACUUUACAAGAUGUUAAAGAUGCCAAAUUCCCAGAUAUAAAAUUAUCUCCAAUACUAGCCAAUGUGGAACCAUCAGCAGAAUUAAUAAGAGCAAUUGAUGGUAUAUCAUUGGGAAACGUUAAGGGUGGAUACAACAACAAUAACAAUAACAAUAACAAUAACAAUAACAAUAAUAAUAAUAAUAAUAAUAAUAAUAAUGACAAUGGUAGCAUGGCGUUUAAUAAACAAUCAAGCAUACAGAAUUUUCAAGGAAAUCUUCCCACAACCACUAAUGGAAUUUCAAAAUUUAAUACGGCACCAAUAAUAUUAAGCCAAAAUGGACCGGAGUAUUACCCCAAUAGUACAGAUGCAAUGAUGAUGGCAAUGAAACCAAUGAGCUACGUCAAUGACAAGAAUUUAAAUAAUACAACAUCACAACCUAAUACUGCUUAUCUUAGCGCAUACAUGUUUCAACCUCAAUAUCCCUUUACUAAUAAUUCGAAUACUAAUGUUAGUAAUGUCAAUAAUAAUACGGGAAGAUAUCAUCUUUAUAAUACUUCUUUUCUACCAAAUAAUUCAGCUUAUGGGUAUCCGGACUAUCCCACAUCCUUUGCAACUUUACAAGCACCACUCCCAUACGGUUAUAAUAAUGGUCAACUAUUUAGUACCAAUCAUCCUCCAUAUUAUAACAAUUCAUUCCCUCCUCCUUCAUCUAAUAUUAUCAACAAUAAUGCUGCUAAUCAAAUGAAUCAAAAUACUACCAGUGAACAAAGUUCGCGUAAUACACUUCCGCCUACAUAUUACUUGAUGAAUGCAGAUCCACAACCAUCGCCAAAUAAUAACAACAAUACAAGCGCAGGAACAACAUCAUCACAUCCUUCGAACAAUUCAAUACCAAUGCCUCCAUCUUUAACUAAUAAUUCGUAUGCAUCGUACCCAAUGAACGUUUCAUAUUAUAACCCAGCUCCAGCUAUUUCACCUCAUCCUCAUCCUUCUACUCAAUAUAGUCAACAACAACCAACCACAAGAUCUUCUGUAUCAAAUCCGACGCCGUCUUCUUUACGUUCAAUGUAUAAUAAGAACGGGGCUAUAACAAGCGAUUAUACUUUUUAUAGCAAUAACAAUACUACUAAGGACAAUAACACAAAUAGAACCGUUCCAGUAGAUAAAGAUAAUAAUUACCAACAAUAUAACAGUAAUUCUGAAAUUCAACGUAAAAAUUCAAACCACGGAAGUAAUGAUAUGGAUUCAUCAAGUUCUUAUGGGAUUACAAAACAAAAUUAUAACAAUAAUAAUGUAAUACCUUCAACAUCUUCACCUUCAUCAUCUUCAGCACAAAGUGGACAACAGAACAAUAACAAUAAUAAUUAUUAUCAUUCAGGCUAUAAAAAUUAUAACUAUCCCCUUGGAGCAAACGCAUCUGCUGCUCCUCCUCCUUCUCUUCCGAAUCUUAAUCAGCAACAGCAAUCGCAGUCGUCUGAACUUCAGCCACUACCUCCACAACAGCGAUAA